AUACAUAUCUACCAGGCAACACCCCACCUGUACCUUUUAUAGCAUACGUGUGGAUUAAUAAAACCAGUACUUUUACGUUGUACUUGUGGCAACGUAACAUAACCUAUAAGUUUGGAAAUCGAUGAUUCUUCGAUACAAAAGGUGGCGUGCAAGAAGCCGAGGUUGUGGAAAAGUUUUGUGCGCAAUUGAGAAUUCCGACGGUAGAGAAUUGAAAGCGUCGAAAGUAACGAGUCAUCUACCAAAUCAAGAUGGCAGAAGGGCAAGAGAAUCGGAAGAAGAUCACUAUUAACGUUAAAACGCCGAAAGAAAAACAGAGCGUUGAAAUAGAGGAGGAUGCGACGAUUAAAGAUUUUAAAGAGGCGGUCUCGAAGAAAUUUAACGCCCAGAUAGAUCAGUUGUGUUUGAUAUUCUCGGGGAAGAUUAUGAAAGAUCAUGAAACACUUACUACACAUAAUGUCAAGGAUGGUUUGACCGUACAUUUGGUUAUCAAAGCACCCCGCACACCAACCAACCAAACUCAGGAGUCCGUAUCGUCUCAAAGACCACAAGCCGAUAUAAGUGCCAGUCCUUUUGGUCUUGGUAGCUUAGGUGGACUUAUGGGGUUAGAAUCUCUUGGAUUAGGUUCUGCUAAUUUUAUAGAUUUGCAGCAACGUUUACAACGUGAAUUAUUGUCGAAUCCAGAAACAAUGCGUCAAGUUCUUGACAAUCCAUUGGUGCAAAGCUUUAUGAAUGAUCCAGAGAAUAUGCGCAAUUUGGUCACAACUAAUCCCCAAAUGCAGGAACUUAUGCAAAGUAAUCCAGAAAUUAGUCACAUGCUAAAUAAUCCAGAACUUUUAAGACAAACAAUGGAGCUAGCCCGUAAUCCAUCUAUGCUACAAGAGUUAAUGCGUUCACAUGAUCGUGCUCUAUCUAAUCUUGAGAGUAUUCCUGGUGGAUAUAGUGCUUUACGCCGCAUGUAUAGAGAUAUUCAAGAACCUAUGCUUGCUGCUGCAGCAAACGAACGUAAUCCUUUUGCAGCAUUGGUAGAAAACAGCAAUAAUCAAGAUGGACAAACUAAUCCACAGCAAGGUCAAGAAAAUAGAGAUCCUUUACCCAAUCCCUGGAAUCAAAGUCAGAAUGAAACUUCUAAUCAAGGUCAACAACAAGGUCAGGGUAGAGGCCUUUUGGAUUCACCUGGAAUGCAAAGUCUUGCAGCGCAAAUGAUGGAGAAUCCUCAAUUAAUGAGAAAUAUGUUAAAUGCCCCGUAUACAAGAUCCGUAUUAGAAGCUAUGGCAGCCGAUCCAGCCAUGGCCAGUAGAGUGAUAGCUGCAAAUCCAUUUCUUAGGUCAAAUCCACAAAUGCAAGAACAAAUGCGUGCUAUGAUGCCGGCUUUUAUACAACAAAUGCAAAAUCCACAAAUACAAAAUGUCGUCACCAAUCCGGAUGCUUUAGCUGCUAUUAUGCAAAUUCAGCAGGGCAUGGAGCAGCUACGAACCGUUGCACCCGAACUCGUUGAAAACUUAGGACUAACUGUACCUAGCGCACCGGCAACAACACCGGGAAAUACAGCUACCACAACUUCAAAUCCAUCGACAGGGCAAACAACGGAUACGAAUCAGCAGGAUGCAUUUUCUCAAUUUAUGGCUCGCAUGGUAUCAGCAAUGGCACUAAAUCAAGGAGUAGAAGUCGACGGGCAACCUGUACCACCACCAGAAGAACGUUACAGAGCACAGUUAGAACAACUUACGGCUAUGGGUUUUGUGAACAGAGAUGCUAAUUUACAAGCUUUGAUCGCUACUUUUGGAGAUAUAAAUGCUGCUGUUGAGAGACUAUUGGCUAAUGGACAAGUAUCUAUGAGCUAACCACCAAUCUGCAAUACUGUUAUUCCAUUACUAUCUUUAAUUAUAUCCUUAUUUACCUCUUACGACUGGCAUGAAGAAAGAUACACGAGGUAACUGGCUAUUGAAAAUUAUAAACUUCUAAUCUGAAUCUUGACAGAAUACAUACUACUGACACGUUUAA